AUGUCGAAAUCGAAAUACUCCGCCGACAGUAUCUGGAAAAACACCUCAGAGAAGAUCAACACUGAGCUUUUCACACUCACCUACGGUUCCGUGGUGGCCCAGCUCUGUAGAGACUUGAACAACAACUAUGCUGAGGUGAAUCGCCAGCUCGACAGAAUGGGAUACAACAUUGGGCUUCGUCUUAUUGAAGAGUUUUUGGCGAAAACUGGCGCCCAGAGAUGCCUGCUGUUUAAGGAAACUGCUGAGAUGAUCAGCAAGGUUGGGUUUAAGAUGUUCCUUAACAUCACGCCUACAGUGGAGAACUUUGGCGCUGACGGGAAGAGCUUUUCGCUUGUGUUUACGGAGAACCCGCUUGCUGACUUUGUUGAGCUUCCAGUCACACUGGACCCAAAGAUCCAGAAAGAGCUCUGGUACUCCCAGUUGUACUGUGGUGUGUUGAGAGGAGCAUUGCAGAUGGUCCAGCUAGACACGGACGUGUUUUUCGUCAGGGAUGCGUUGAGAGGCGACGACAAGACGGAAUUGAAGGUCAAGUUGAAUAAGAUUCUUAAGGAUGAGGUUCCUGCUGGGGAGGACUAG